AUGACUACGGAACAAAAAUUCAAAGCUGCAGUGAAUGUGAUUAGAAGUUUACCUAAAAAUGGCUCCUACCAGCCCAGUCACGAGUUGAUGUUGAGGUUCUACGCCUAUUUCAAGCAGGCCACGAACGGUCCUUGCCAGGGCUCCCGACCGGCCUUUUGGGACGUAGUAGGCCGUGCCAAAUACGAUGCCUGGAAGAAAUUGGGCGACAUGUCGUCGCAGGAGGCCAUGGCCAAAUACGUAGAUGAAUUGCAUUCAAUCGUGGAGACGAUGAGCUAUUCAGACAAAGUGGCCAAUUUCCUGGAGGCCCCCACCGAUGAGCUGGAAUGCAUCAAUUUCGAUGAUUUAGAAUUGGUGGCCGGCGACGUAUUGGAAAGGGUCAGGUCCCAACCGAAUUCGCCUUUAGCUUCGAGAGAAGGUUCGCCGAAUAUAUUUUCGAAAAAUUCGAGUCUACGGUCCUCUUCGAACGUGUCCAGCGUUACCGAAAGCGAUCACAGCGACGAUGAAUAUAUCGAUACUAUCGAAAAUCCAGACCCUCGCAGGAAUGUCAGCAUAUCAGCCGACGGAUCGGCCUCGCAUAGCGUACAAAAUCACAUUUCUAAAUCGAAAAAUCCAAAUAUAGACGUGUCGCAGGAGAUCAACAGGGCCGUGCAAAGUCUCCGGGGGGACAUCGAAAGGCUGUCGAAGAAAGUAGUUAGUUUGGAAAAUUCCUCGAGCGCGGUGAAAAUGCAGAGGAGAGGCCUUUUCGACGGCGUCCCGACGCGACUGGUGGUUUUCCUCGUCGUUUGGCCCUUUAUCGCGCAAUUUAUAACGAAUAGAUUUUUGAAUAGGAGACGCUGA